GUCGCUGAGCCCAGGUGGUGGAGUCGGAGCAAUGCUGCUCUUCUGUCCGGGAUGCGGAAACGGGUUGAUUGUGGAGGAGGGCCAGCGCUGCCACCGCUUCGCCUGCAACACUUGCCCCUACGUGCACAACGUCACCCGCAAGGUAACAAACAGGAAGUAUCCAAAGCUGAAAGAAGUAGAUGAUGUGCUUGGGGGAGCAGCUGCCUGGGAGAAUGUUGACUCUACAGCAGAGCCAUGUCCCAAAUGCGAACAUCCUCGAGCUUACUUCAUGCAACUCCAGACCCGCUCUGCAGACGAGCCCAUGACCACUUUCUACAAGUGCUGCAAUGCUCAGUGCGGACACCGCUGGAGGGACUAGGCCCAGCUACACAGUGGACGCCCAGCGGGAUACCAAUCAUGUGUUCUGAGGGUCUUCGCUGGUGUAAUGGAAAGUUCGCCCCUUGGGAUGGAAGACCAGGGUGUCAGGAAAUGGAGCCCGCCUGCCAGUCAGGGAGUUGCUGUGUGUGGGGAGGAGACCCAUAGAGAAGUGUGCUGGGUUUAAAGUCCUGCUCAUUCGCCUUUUACACUAGGCAGAUGACAUUUUCUCACCACCAAUGAAUACUCCACUGUUUGCACAACUUAGUACUGUACAUUUUCCUAAAUAUUUAACUGUAACCAAAACUUGUUUUGAAUGUCUCAUAAAAAUGAAGUUUAAUACUA